CCAACGAUGACAUUACAAUUACCAGAAUAAAUACUCUUGCUCUAUGGCUAAUUGGGACGCUAACACGAAGACUAGCGUUCAUUUGUUUGUAACACGAUAUCACAGGGAUAUGGCAUUCGCUAUACUCACUGCAGAUGGAGAAAAAUCUUUGGCAAACCGGCAAGGCAACUACGACUACUAGCAACUCUAGUCUAUAUCCUACACCGUGCCGAGCAGAGGGAUUACAUAGCUAGAGAUAGUUCGCGUGUGUAUACUUCCCUAAUUUGUGACGUAGACGGUGAAGGGGAAUGUACCUGCUUUCUCUGAGGGAUAUUUUACUUGUAAAACUUUAUGUUAACUUAUUGUAAGUAGUAGUUUGGAUUACGAUAUCAAGACUCCCGGCGUGAUUUUCCACGUGAGCAACAGCGGGAGAAGUGGAACCCUUACCCUGACGGAAGGCGAGAUGGAGCUGGUAUUCUCGGAGUUUGGAUUAACAUUAGUGAGAUUACACGUCUGACUCAACAUAAGCGUAAUAUAUAAGUGCGUGUUAUACACUAGAAAAUUUUGUGAUAAAUAAGAAGUGGAUUUCUGUGUUAAUUGAGGGUUGAUUCCCGGAACCCGGGAACUACUUAUUGAGGACGGGCCCGCAGGUCCCGUACUCCCACUACACAGAUGAAAUGGUCGCCAAAAUCUUCUGGCUGGGGACACUGCUACUCCUUCAAGUGACGUCGUCCAGCGGUUUACAGAACACCAUCCGAAUAGGUGGUUUGUUCGAAAAUGAGCACACCGGACCCAAGCUAGCGUUGAUGCAUGCCAUUGACGAGAUUAACUUGAUGAAUGACAUUCUAUCUCAUACCUUGCUCGUGUAUGAGAUGCAAGAUGUGAAACCUCACGAUAGCUUCGAGGCCAACAAAAAAGUAUGUCGGGAGGUAAAGACAGGGAUAGCGGCUAUGUUUGGACCCGUGUCCACAAUAUCCGCUGGACACGUCCAGUCCAUCUGUAAUUCUCUGUCCAUUCCCCAUAUCCAGGCCCACUGGGACUCCCGCGACAACCGAGAGUACUAUUCCAUUAGCCUGUACCCUGACUACCUGACCCUAAGUAAGGCGUACAAGGCUCUCAUUGAAUAUUGGGGAUGGACGUCAUUCACGGUGCUAUAUGAGGAUAAUGAUGGAUUAGUUAGAUUACAGGAAGUGCUAAAGGCCACAAAGGGUACAGAUAUGAAGGUCACCGUCCGUAAACUCGACCCUAUUGUUGAAAACUAUGUCUAUAUGUUCAAAGAACUAAUCUCUAAUCCAAUGCAAGGCGAUAACAGGAUCAUUGUCGACUGUGAUGUAUCCAAAGUUGACAAAAUUCUAGAACAGGCUCAAAAGGUCAACAUGUGCUCUGAAACAUUUCACUACCUCUUUACAAGUUUGGAUGUGGGUCUUGUUGAUCUGGAGGACUAUAAAUAUGGCGGCGCCAAUAUAUCAGCUAUGCGUAUAGUAGAUCCUUCUCGGCCAAAAGUUAUGUCCGUUACUGAGGACUGGAUAUUUGAAGAGAUAAACUCACGACCCUCUCCUCUCCAAGGCCAACGCCAGAUUCCGACUGAUACAGCCCUCAUGUACGAUGCCGCCCACCUUUUCGCCCGUGCCCUGCACGAGCUCAUCAAAUUCCAGAGUGUUAAGACCGUGUCUCUGUCCUGUAGCAAACCCCAACCUUGGAACGACGGCAUCAGUCUCCUCAACUACAUGAGAGCGAUGGACUUCGAAGGGCUAACAGGUCGUGUCCACUACCAGAACGGCAGGAAGCGCACCGAUUUUCAAUUGGAUAUUGUGGAAUUGACAAUGAAUGGUUUACAGAAGGUGGGUGAAUGGAACCCACGAGACGGAGUGAAUAUAACCAAAUCCUAUAAGGAGAGACAAAACGAGGUGCUACAGGAAAUGUCAAACAAGACACUGCGUGUUGUUACUGUCGUUGACACGCCAUACGUACUCGAGAUUCCCCCCGAUGAUAGGCCAUAUCCCUCCAAGAAAUACGAAGGCUUCUGUAUUGAUUUACUGGACAAAAUUGCAGAGAGGUUGAAUUUUAGCUACACCAUUGAACCGACACAACAGUACGGCAACUGUAAGACGGGGUUCAAGGAUUGCACUGGCAUGGUCAAAGAAUUGGUCGAACGGAGGGCUGAAUUGGCUGUAGCGGGAAUGACCAUUACUUGGGACAGAGAACAGGUCAUAGACUUCACCAAACCUUUUCUAAAUCUGGGUAUUACCAUUCUCUAUAAGAAACCAGAACCGGAGCCGCCAAAGCUAUUCUCCUUCCUAGAUCCACUUUCCAUAGACGUUUGGGUGUACAUGUGUGCCGGCUACUUGUGCGUGAGCUUCAUGCUGUUUGUGAUUGCUCGGUUCACUCCAUACGAGUGGUGCAAUCCUCAUCCUUGUAACCCAGACACAGAUGUGGUAGAAAACCAGUUCUCCAUCCUCAAUAGUCUUUGGUUCACCAUUGGAUCCCUUAUGCAGCAAGGUUGUGAAAUCGCGCCCUGUGCGAUAUCCACUCGACUUGUAGCAGGUAUUUGGUGGUUCUUCACGUUGAUCAUGAUAUCCUCAUAUACCGCUAACUUGGCUGCUUUCCUCACUGUCGAACGAAUGGUAUCCGAUAUCAGUAGCGUCGAGGAUCUUGCGAAACAGACAAAGAUCAAAUACGGAACCCUGGAUGAUGGCAGCACGAAGAACUUUUUCGCAAACUCAAAAUUCCCAAUCUAUCAGAGAAUGUGGAACUUUAUGCAAUCAACAGAACCGAGUGUUUAUGUCAACGAAUCUGAGCAAGGAAUAGCACGCGUGAAGAAAGGACAAUAUGCUUUCUUUGCCGAAUCUACUAAAGUCGAGUAUGAAAUUGAAAGGGAGUGCUCAUUGAUGCAGGUUGGAGGUUGGCUGGACUCUAAAGGAUACGGCAUCGCUUUACCAAGAGAUUCACCGUACAGAGAUCCUAUUUCUAAUGCGAUUCUAAAACUACAAGAGGAACAGGAAAUACACAAAAUUUACAAUACGUGGUGGAAAGAGAAGUACGGUGGUGGGAAGUGUCUAACUGUGGAGGCCAAGAAAACAAGUGCUCUUGGUGUGAAGCACGUGGGUGGUGUGUUCGUCGUUCUUAUUGGUGGAAUGGCAGCAGGUGUUUUUGUGGCAAUAUGUGAAUUCAUUUACAAAGCAAGGAAAAAUGCACGGGAAGACAAGCAAUCUCUUUGUUCUGAAAUGGCAGAGGAAUUUAGAUUUGCUAUACGAUGCUUGGGGUCUUCCAAGAAGGCAGUCAAACGGAAACCAGAUCAUGAAAUUGUCGACAAUGGUCUCCAAUUCAUGCCCUUGACAGGCGGAAAUAAUUAUGGCCAAAAUAAUAUAGGAGGUCGAGAGAUUGAGACACCUAUAUUCUGAGGAGUUGGUUCCGCUCAUCAAACGGAAUGAUUCUUUGUGUGUAGGAGUAGUCCACGGUGUUAUGCAUGCAGGACUACACGUUCAAUUGUAUGAGAGAACUAACCGUCCAGACACGAUCUGGUGUAGGAAUAAUCCCACACAAUUUACACAACACACAGAUGAUGUCGUCACCACGCUCUGUGGUAACUAGUUUGCCGGCCGGUCGAAGAGACAAAAAUGCAUUUCUCACAAUGGGAAAUAUUUAUUUUAUUCACUUUUCUGAAGAUUCUAGUGAAAGUAAUAUAUGCCACGUGACAUUGUAAAUAAGUUACGGUUUCAACUUGAGACCGUACUAACAUAACAAUGAAUAGAGAUAUACCGAAACAAGCUGCUUAAACUUUAAUAGUUAAGCAACCUUCGGCAUAGUGUGUGCAUAGACGAUGAAUGUUUCAUGUUUGGAGUAUUAAGCUCGUCCGAUAGGCAUGUAUGUGGCUGUAAUAUCAAAAUAAUGUAAUAAGGCAUGCACGUUAUUUGUUACAAAUCAACAAAAAUGGCAGGGGACUGGCGUUCUUAAUUCUGUCAGUAUCAUAGACUGUGUAUAUAACCUACGUAACUCAAAAUAUGUUAAACUAUGAUAAUGUUGGUUUAAAAGAUUAAAAUGCAAUAAAUGAUAAAGAUGAUACAUAUGCCACGUGCCUUAUGAUAUAAUGUUAAAUAAAUGUAUAUAGAGCUAUUUGAGGGUACACAGCCAUAUACUGGAUCUUUACUGCUGCCAACAGAUUGGUGUAACAGUUGGUGAAUUUCAACACCCGUUUUAAGGUUGAAUAUUUAGUGUUUGUGAAAUAGACAAUCAUUGCGUAUAAUAGACUUUGUAGAUCUGUUGAUUUGUAAUCCUAUGUCAAAAUCAAUGAUAAUGAUAAAUGAUAAAUGCUUUCUUAGUUCAAAGUCUUACCCUGUUUUAGCAUUUAGUUUGCUUCAUUUACAAUUUUCGAUGUAUAAUUGUAUACUGAUACUAUUGUCAAACACGCAUUCGUAACAAAUUUUGAUGGCAUAAACAUCAAAGAUAAUUCCAUUCUUUUAGUAUAUUCAAAUAUCUAAUUUUUUAGAAGUAAAAGUUUAUUGUAAAUUUAACUGAAUAAGAAAUGUGAGGUCAGUUUACUAGAUUUUUGUAUGGUUAAAAUGCACAAUUUAAGUUAUUGUUUUAAAAAACUCAUUAUGUACCUUAUUUCCAUGAUUAGACUUCAGUUGAAUUUCAAAAAAUGACUGAUCUUCUUUGGUGUCAUUGCCUAGUUAUAUUAUCAAUAACAACGAUUACUAAACAAAGUAGUUUGAGAGGUUUGGUGUAGAGCAGUGCUAUCCUACUGAAGUAACACCCUAUGCAAAACAUUCAAUGGUACAAGCCUAAUAGUAGGUUAUUACUCAUUUGUAACGUUAUUGAACAUCGUAUGUUACUUUCCUUAUUCCUGUUGUCUUUUUGAACGCUCUUUCCGUCAACCGUGUUCACUGUCAUUACUAAACUAUACUUAAACUAUCAACUUCGAUUGGUUAUAGAAGGAUGCAUUUCUGCCUCCCCUCUGUAUUCGCUGUUUGUCAAUGAAGUAUUGUAUAAUUUCCAAGAAUAUUGCGUUUGAUUUUCAAACACGUCCAUUAAGCAAGAAACUGUUUAUAGAAGAAUGGACCGUGAUUUCAUAUAAAGGGUUUUAUUCAAGUACAGAAAAUAACGGUUUAGUGAGACAGAGUUUUGUUUCAUUUCGUUCACUUUUUGGGACCUUUCUCCCCUUCCUCUAAUGUUGUCAUGACAACAUGUGACAUGGUUGUGCUCUCUGUUUUUACCUUGCAUGCCUUUUAUAUGGGUAUUUUCAUUUCAUCUGGAAACUUGUGUCAAACACUAUUAGCGGGUAUCAUUUAUCAUCAAAACCACAAACGAUCUGAUGUCAUCGUCAAUAUCAUCAUACAGUUGUUACUUACAUAUAUACAAACGGCAUGUUUAAGCGUGUACCUUGUGUAAAUAUAAACAUGGAGGCGUGAAAGGUUUAUUUUUGUACACGGAAAGGAACGAAAUUCUUACACUGAACAGAUAUUUUGUUGUAUUCUUGUAUUGAUACUGUAAACACUAUAUUAAAGCAAAUCGGCUACUUUUUAUCUCUCCUGAAACUUAAUCAGUGACAAAUGUACAAAAAUCUUUUGGUACUGCACUUUAUGAUUGUUUAUAAAUAAUAAAGUAGAAAGUCAUAAGUCUAUGCUGGCCAAAGGGGAUGGUUCCUUGACAGACAGAACGGAGGAGGGAAAUAACUCGUAUAAACACGUGAUUUAAUGUUGUUUUAUUAUCGUCUUCCUUGUUGUCAUUUGUACUUCAUCAUCGCCAUCGUCGUUAGUAUGUCCGGAAUCCUGAAUGGUAUAAUACUCCAUAUAGAUUUAGGACAUGUUUAUUUGGUAUGUAAAAUGAGUUCACCUGAUUUUUCACGAAGUUAAGGUUAAACUAUCAAAAUGGUAUGUUGUGCUCGAGGUAUGUAUGCAGAUGUAAGUUUCACAUCCUUAUAUAUCUGUCAUUUGUUGAGACAUACAAGUCCUGUUAUUAAAGUAUCCCAUUACUGUCAUAACAUUAUGCCAAAGGUAGUGUUUGAUACCUGUAUAUAUUGACGAAUAAAAAGAUGUUUGGUAUAGAUAAA